AUGAUCUUCGUCGACUACAAACAAGUAUAUGACAGCAUUAUACGAAAAGAACUAUGGAGGACAUUAGCAUACUUGGGAAUACCAAAAAAGUUAAUCACACUGGUACAAAUGUGCAACGCAGAUACCUAUUAUAGCAGGAUAAAAUGUAAGAAUGUAUCAUCACACACCUUUAAAAUUGAAAAUGGUCUACGCCAAGGGGAUGUUAUGUCACCGGUAUUAUUCAACCUCGCACUAGAAAGAAAAAUACAAGAAGAAGUGAAAAGGAGCAUGAUAGAAAUUAUGAAAGCAGAGGAAAGUAUCGGAUUAAGAAUUAACACAGAAAAAACGAAAUACAUGAAAAUGACCAGAAAAGUAGGAACUUUAACUAUAGAUAUAACUAUAGAUAACAGCCAAAUAGAACAGAUAAGAGAUUUUAAAUAUUUAGGAGUGACGUUAGACAAGCAAAAUAACACACAUGGAGAAAUAAACAUAAGACUGGCCGCAGCAAAUAGAGGUUACUUUGCUCUAGCAAACCUAUUUAGAUCAAAAUUAAUAUCGAAAAAAAACAAAAGAACAACUAUAUAUUAG